UUGGCCUCAGAUGACAGCCGAGGCCCCGCAGUGUGGAUCGGGCUUUCCGGGGUUCAAGCAGCAAGCCUGGCGUGCUAGUGGAGAGCCAAGGAGCACCGAUGAUAAAUUGUUAGUAUAUUUAUGCAGCAUUUGCGUUAAACAACCGGCACGGUGCCUUUCCGGAAAGCGUCCAGAGCGGCACGGCGCUAAGGAUUUCAGUCAACUAAAACGACGGCUAACAGUUCACAGCUAAAAUAGUUAGCCGCAGCCGGAGACAGGUAUGUCUGAAGUUAGUCUUGAGGCUGAGUCGGGGAAGACCUCAGCCGAGGACCCUCAGAUGGAUUGUGAGGAGGCAGACAAAGCAGAGGAGAGCUUGAGUGAGGAAUUAAAGGAGGAGAGUGUAGACAGUAGUGGGGGAGGAGAUGACAAAGCUGAUGUGCUGUAUGACGUUGAUAUUGACAGUGAUGAAGAAAAUGCAGAAGUCAGUGAUAAGGAUGCUAAGGAGGAGGACGGGGGCAUUCAGAGUGAGAAUGGGGUGUCCGACAGUGUAGACAAUGGGGAAGACGAGACAGAACACCACGUUGAAAGAGCUGAAACACCAGAGGAAAGUGAAGACUCUCACACUGAAACAAAGGACAGCACAAUGGCUGAGGACUCCCAUAGAAGCUCAGCUGCUGAGAUCCCAGUCACCAGCAAUGGAGACCUGGAUCAGAGUCCUGAGACAGUGUUUCAGAGGGACUCUUACCCUGGCGGCCCUGGGUCCUUGAACCUUUCAGAGUCUUGUGUCUCCUCCAGUAACUUUGCCUCAACAACAGAGGGCAUCAUUGAAUCAGGACCAUACAAAGGGUCAGCAAGCCUGCCCACGUCUCCCAUGGCACCUGUAGCUCCCAGCUCGGCUGUUGCUAGCCGCCUGGCACGCUCCAACAGCGAUAGUCAGGCUGAGAAAGGCGGCAUGAAAGCUCAGCUGCAGAGUGGAGCGGUGGUCCUUUCAGAUGACUUAAAGAACCCAGCCAUGGAAAAACUGGACCUAGUGAGAAAGUGGAGCAUCAACACAUACAAAUGUACCAGGCAAAUCCUGUCGGAGAAGCUGGGUCGGGGCUCGAGGACCGUGGACCUGGAGCUGGAGGCCCAAAUCGAAGUGCUCCGUGACAACAAGAGAAAGUACCAGAAUGUGAUCAAGCUGGCCCAGACGCUGGCCAGUCAGCUGUCCCAGAUUAUGCAGACGCAGAGGCAGCUGGGCGACGCCUUCGCUGACCUCAGCCUGAAGUCACCAGAACUCCAUGAGGAGUUUAGCUACAAUGCCGACACCCAAAAGCUUUUGUCCAAAAAUGGGGAGACGCUGCUGGGUGCCAUCAACUUCUUCAUCUCUAGUGUGAACACGCUUGUGGACAAAACAAUCGAAGACACCAUGAUAAAUAUCAAGCAGUAUGAAGUCGCCAGGGUGGAGUACGAUGCGUACCGUACAGAUCUGGAGGAGCUGAAUCUGGGGCCACGUGACGCCAACACCAUGCCGAAGAUCGAACAGUCCCAGCAGCAGUUCCAAAUCCACCGUGAGAAGUAUGAGAGGAUGCGAAACGACCUUUCUGUCAAGCUGAAGUUCUUGGAAGAGAACAAGGUGAAGGUAUUGCAUAACCAGCUCAUCCUGUUCCACAACGCCAUAGCGGCGUACUACGCUGGAAACCAACAGCAGCUGGAAGAGACACUCAAGCAGUUCCACAUCAAGUUGAAAAUGCCGGGCGGCGACAGUCCAUCCUGGCUGGAAGAGCACUAAUCACUCCCCAAAUCUUGUUCCAUGGAAACUACAGGAAACUUCCCCCUCCCUCCUCUUUAACUCUACUGUCACCACUUUUCAAACUUUCAGAACUGUCAGUCUUUUAACAAAAAUGCACAAAAGAAAGGAAAAAAACAAAACAAACUCCAACAUUCCGUUUUACUUUUGGUGUUGUAUCAUUUUGUUUCUUUUGUGUAGUUAUUUCAAAUCAUGGCAAACGCACUUUCAGACUGUUCAACGGGUCUGUUGAACAGGAAUUGCUGCAGUAAAUACAUCUGGAAACUCUAAAUGGCCUUUUGUAUUCCAGCGUAUGAAUGUUGCAUCCCAGCACGGUGGACAUGUUGGCUUUCUGAGGGCAGCUAUGGGAUCCAAACGACUGCCAUUUUUACUCAAAUUGUUUAUCAGGUGACUGGGAUGAAAUCUUUAUAGAAGUCGAAUCAGGAAGCUUCUUUUUCAACAUAAAUUCUUCUGUAAUUUGAUAUGAUAUCCAUGUGAUAAAUGGUGCAAAGUUGCAGUUACACUUGUGGCUUUUUUUUUUCUUUUUUCUUUUUUUUACCAGCAAACUCUUGAUUAAGAUUGCAGUUUGACAUUUUGGGAAAUAGACUUUCUUAUUCACUUUCUUACUGAGAUUUAAAUGAGAUGAUCUGUACUCCUCUGUCUGUGCAGUCUGUUUAAGCUUAGCUUAGCAUAAAGACUGAAAACAGGAGGAAAGAGGUAACCUGACUCUGUCCACCGGUUAAAGUAUCUGCCUAAAGCUCAAUAAUACAAAAGCCAAAGUGUAAGAAAUCUAGUUGUGGUUUUCCGGAGAGUUUACGUGCCUUUGGGCAGAGCCAGACCAGCGUCUUCCUCCUGAUUCCUGACUACUGUGACCACCUAACAGAAACCGCAUGAGCAUCCAUCUUCUCUAUUAAGCCUUGCAAAACCAAAGUGUUUUCCCCCAAAAAAGCUAAAACCCCACUCCUUUAAAAAACAAAAACAAAAAUGCUCUCACGUUUUUUGGCUCUUCAUGACAAGCCCUCCAUGUUGUGAUGCAUUUAUGUUGAUGCUACUUCCAAUCAGCGUUACGCUUCCCUGUUUCGUUGCCAUCCAUUCAUGGUGUAUGACAGAAAAGAAUCUCUUAAAUUCCAGAGAAGAUGAAGGACCAGCCUUAUGUGACUAAAUGUGCCUUGAUUUCUUGAAUUUGCCCUUCUUGUCUCCUCCACGCUUUCUCAUGUUAUUGAAAACUUGCGCUCUAGAUACCAGAUUUCAGUUCUGCGUCUUGAUGAAAGAGACACAAAUGCACAAACACACCGCGGAAUGAAUUACACAUAGACCUUGUACAACUUUACAUGUUAAAACACAACACAAAAUAAUAGCUGCAUUUUAAAAGCCUACUCGAGAAAGUCUAUUUGAUUCUAUUCUGCUGUUCUCGAAGAUAUUUAUCCAUAUUGCACAUAUGCACAUUUGAGGCUAAUUACAAAAAACCUUUGUAUGAUGUGUAAGGUGUAAACCAAAAUACAAUUAACUUGUCUUUUGUAAAUUUGAAAGACAAGUUUCCAUCAUUAGGCUUAUAUAAAAUUAUGUUUUUCAAAGGGGACUUGUGUACGCUGGUAUCGAUAAUCAGCUGUCGUGUCCUCACUUUAUGGAUUUGUACUUUUCCUAAGGCUCAUUAUAUCAGUUUGAGAGUGAAUCUUAUACAACAAUCUAUUGUUUCCUUGAAAUAGAUGGAUAUAUAUAUUUGUAAUCUCUAUUUUAUCUUUUAGUACGACCAAUGCUGCCAUUCGGCUUCGUUUUCCUGAAGACCCACAGAAUGAUGCGGCAGCGUACUAGCGGGUGUCUGCCUUUAUAAUAAAUGAAACAUUAACAAAUGUUGAGUUAAAAAAGAUUCUGAAUGUUGUGUAACCUCUUUGGGAAAAUAAAAAAACUUAUUUUCCA